AUGGCGGUAGCAGAAAUCAAAAAAGAAAAGGGUUCCAGCUUGUCGCCUGAACCUUCUUCGCCUAUUCAAAUACUAAGCACUGAACCAGAUGCAAAUACAGAUAUUAAGCAGGAGAAAUUUACACCAAAAGAUAUAUUACCAGGAUGUAAAGUACAUGUUUCCAAAGAUGGAGAAUUCAGGCUAGCAGAAAUUUUACAAGAGCAUAUUAAAAAGGGUCGUAAGGUAUUCUAUGUGCAUUACCAAGAUUUUAACAAACGUUUAGAUGAAUGGAUUGAACUCGACAGGAUAGACUUUACUCGAAGUCUUAUUUUACCAGAAAUAAAAGCAGACACAAAGGAAAAUAAACUGAAAAAGAAGAGCAAAUCCAAAGGACAGACAAAGUUGUCCAAAAAUAAUACUACUGCCAAUAGUACAACCGGUACCCCACAGCCAAGUGAUGGACAACCUAUUAUGGGAGAUGAUGAAAUGGAUUUGGAAAACUUGAAUGUCCAAGGUUUGAAACGCCCGGGAGAAGAAUUCAGCAGAGAAGAUGAAAUUAAAAAGUUACGUACGAGUGGUUCCAUGACCCAAAAUCAUCUGGAGGUGGCAAGAGUAAGGAAUUUGUCAACGAUUAUUUUGGGUGAACACAUUAUCGAACCUUGGUAUUUCUCUCCAUACCCUAUUGAAUUGACAGAAGAAGAUGAGAUAUACAUUUGCGAUUUUACACUAUCCUAUUUUGGAUCCAAAAAACAGUUUGAGAGAUUUCGUUCAAAAUGUUCAAUGAAACACCCGCCAGGUAACGAGAUAUACCGAGAUUCGAAAGUCAGCUUUUGGGAAAUAGACGGCAGAAAGCAAAGAACAUGGUGUCGAAAUUUGUGUCUAUUAAGUAAAUUGUUUCUUGAUCAUAAGACAUUGUACUAUGAUGUUGAUCCCUUUUUGUUUUACAUCAUGACCAUCAAAUCCGACCAAGGUCAUCAUGUCGUGGGGUAUUUUUCUAAAGAAAAAGAAAGUGCAGAUGGAUAUAAUGUGGCGUGUAUUUUAACUCUACCCUGCUAUCAAAAAAGAGGGUUUGGGAAAUUGUUGAUCCAGUUUUCAUACAUGCUAACGAAAGUUGAAAGAAAAGUAGGUUCGCCAGAAAAGCCAUUAUCGGAUUUGGGAUUGUUGUCAUAUCGUGCCUAUUGGACAGACACAUUGGUAAAGCUAUUGGUAGAAAGAAACAGUCCUGCUUUAUUCCGUAAGAAUAAUUCUCAGUUAGAGUACGAUGAAGCUGAAAAUGGCAAAGACAGCUCUGCAACACCAACACCGGGGCCAGGUUCAAAUGCCUCCCAAUCAUCUAUAUUGGCUAGUGCUGCUGCAUCAAGGCUGGGACUUAAUUCAUCGCCUAUUUUUUCUAAUGAAAUUACCAUUGAGGACAUUUCAUCCAUAACAUGCAUGACCACGACAGAUAUACUACACACAUUAACCACAUUACAGAUGUUGCGAUACUACAAGGGACAACACAUAAUUGUGUUAACCGAUCAAAUAAUGGAAUUGUAUGAAAAACUAGUUAAAAAGGUAAAAGAGAAAAAGAAGCAUGAGUUAAAUCCAAAAUUAUUGCACUGGACACCACCUCUGUUCACUGCAAACCAAUUACGGUUUGGGUGGUAA